AUGGCAAAUAACAAUGAUGCGUCCGAAACGAAUACUCCAAUCUUACCGCCAAGUACAUCGACUUCUGUUACGAGCACAGCUAUCGAGAAAAUUACAGUCAAACCACCCGUAUUUUGGGAGGAAGAUCCAGCCUUGUGGUUCAAAGUGGUAGAAGCCCAGUUCGAGCUAUCGCGCAUAACUGCAGAUACCACAAAAUACUUUACAGUCGUAGCUGCAUUAAGUCAAAAAGCACUAAAACUGGUAAGCGACAUUAUCACAUCACCACCAGAAAACCAUAAAUUUGAUACACUUCGAAAUGCACUUAUAUCCCGCCUCACGGAAUCGGAAGAUGCGAAGUUACAAAAACUGUUACGCGAUCUUGACUUGGGCGAUCGUAAACCAACUCAGUUACUCAGAGAAAUGAAGACGCUAUCUGGUACCAGCAUCUCCAAUGAGUUGCUAAAGAAACUGUGGCUACAGCGACUUCCCCAACAAGUACAAGUAGUUUUAACAAUUAGCUCUGAAUCGUUAGACAAUUUGGCCGUCAUGACCGAUAAAAUUGUUGAAACAUAUUCUAACUCGGUAGUAACAGAAGUCGCCACACGUGAAGUGCAAUCAAAUUCAUCACGCAUGAAUACCCAUCAUGAAACCGAUUUAGAUAAGAAAUUAGAAGAAUUCAAACGCGAUAUUUUUCGUGAGCUGAACAAACUUCGUGGACACAAGAACUCCAUUCCGCGAAACAGAUCGAAAAGCAGAACGAGGGAACGAUCUAAUGCUACUCCACCACCGGAGGGAUUGUGUUAUUACCACCGCCGUUUAGCAGAAAGGGCAAAGAAAUGCACAAAACCAUGUGCAUUUGAAACAACUGCGGAAAACUAA